AUGAUGGAGGAUAAUAAAAUAUCUCCAACAUUUCCAUCAACAAAUAGUCAUAGUAUAUUCAUUGGAACAAAUAGAGGUAUUGGAGUUGGAAGUAGUAGUAUGGAUGAUAUAACGGGUACGGCACUUUCAUUAGAAUCACCAAUUGCUACACCAAUGAAAUCAAUUAUUUCAAAUAAUCCGAAUAAUACAACAACCACAACAACUACAACAACAACAACAACAAGUUCAAGUUUAACACCAUCUGUAAAUAGUGAAUCUUCAUUAUUAUUUGAUUCAAUUGGAAUGAAUUCAAGUCCAAAUAAACAAGCACCAAGAACUGAUUUUAUUAGAAGAAGAAAACAACAAAGUAAAUCACAAAGUUAUUCAAAUUUUAAUAAUUUAUUACCAGAGUUAUUAACACAACAAGAGGAUUUAAAGGGUGAACAUGAAUAUAUGAUGGAUUUUUGUUUAAUAUUAAAAGAGAGAUUAAAACAAUUAUCGAUACAGUUAGAGUUUGAUUUAUCAGAGAUUGAACAUAAAGAUCAAGAGAUUGAAAUGAUGAAAACUAGAAUCAAUAAAUAUAAUAUGGAGUUAAGAGAGAAAGAGGAUGAGAAUGAACAACUCAAUGAAGAUAUUAAAAGAAUCAAUAAAGAGAAUCAAUUACAACAAAAAGAAAUUACAUCAUUAAAGAAUGAAUUGAAACAGAUUGAACAAGAUUGGAUACAACCACAAGAGUUUAUAAGUUGGAAAGAAGAUAUUGAGAAAUUAACAUCGGAUCUCUAUCAAAAAGAAACCAAACUACAACAAUUAAAAGUAAACUAUGAUAAAUCAUUAAUUGAACAAAAGAAUCUACACGAUAAAAUCAUCAGUGAAAGAUUGAUACGUAAGGAGGAGAUGGAACAACAAAGAUUAUCACAAUUGAAUGAGCGUGAGCAUUUACAACAGUUUACAAAUAAAUUUGAAAAGAAAAAACAAAAAAAGAAAGCAUUAAAAGAUACAAUCAAAAGAUUAGAGUUUGAACAAGAACAAUUCAAUAAACAAUAUAAACUAAUAAAAUCCCAAUUGAAUGAUAGUGAAAAAGAGAAUUUAGAUUUAAAACAUUCAUUGGAUCAAUAUCAACAACAACUUUUAGAUACAAAAUCAAAAUAUCAUGAUCUAUCUCAUUCUCAACAAUCAAUGACUAGACAAUUGGCUCAAUCGGAAACAAACUAUCAAGAGGUACUCGAUAGGAUGAGUAAAAGUGGUUCAGAAGUUGACGAACGUGUUUCAAUGCUUUUAAAUGAAUGUUCAAAAAUGAGUUCAACCAUUGCAUCUUUGGAAACUCAAUUACAAGAUGAAAAGUUAACUCGUCACAUCUCUUCCAUUUCUUUAUCAGAUCCAAAUUAUUCCUUUGAUAAACUUGAACUCUUUAGAAUCAUUCAAACCAAAGAUGAAGAUAUUCAAUUAUUUCAAAAGAAAAUUCAACGUCUAACAGUUGACAAUAAUAAUUUAAAUAAAAAAUCUAAAAAAUUCGAAGAAUCUGCAUUUGAUAAUUCAACUCAACUUUCAACCAUUAAAGAAUCUUUUACAAAUUGUAAAAAAGAAUUAUUUAAAAUUAAAGAAGAAUUAUUAAUUUUAAGUAAUGAUAAUUUUAAUGAUAGUUUUGAACAUAAUUCACCAAAAAUAAAUCAAUUAAAUAAUAAUAAUAAUAAUAAUAAUAAUAAUAAUAAUAAUAAUAAUAAUAAUAAUAAUAAUAAUAAUAAUAAUAAUAAUAAUAAUUUAGAUUCAAAUUUAACAUUAUCACCAAUUAAAUCACCAUCUAGACCAAUUAGUAUGAGAUCUUCAAAUUCAUCAUUAAAUACUAGUGUUAAUGGUUCACCAAAUAGAAAUAGUAUUAGAAUUGAACAAACAACAGAGGAGAUGUUAGAGAAAGCUAGAUCAGCUGCAGUUGGUUUCAAAUUACGUAAUCAAUUCCUAAGUAAUGAAAUUCAAAAUUAUGAAAAAGAACUUGAACAACAAAAACAAUCAUCACAAACUAUAAUAAGACGUUUACAACAAGAUCUUGAAGAUAGUAAAAAAGAAAUGGCAAGAAUAAAGAAAACUUUUCUUCUUAGAUUUUCAAAAGAAGAUGAUAUCAUAUUCUUGGAUUAUUAUUCUCUAACUGAUAGAUUCAAUCAUAGAAAUUAUUUAUCAGAUACUUCAACAACUUCACCUUUAUCACUUUCUUCUUCAUUAUCUUUAAAUUCUUCAACUAAUUCAUUUUUAUCAUCACCACAAUCUCAAAUAUAUUCACCAAUACAAUCAGAAAAACUCCUACAACAACAACAAAAUUUAAAUAACCAAGAUAAUAUUUAUAAUAGUAAUAUUAAUGAAGAUAAAAAUAAUAAUAAUAAUAAUAAUAAUAAUAAUAAUAAUAAUAAUAAUAAUAAUAAUAAUAAUAAUAAUAAUAAUAAUAAUAAUAAUUUAAAAAAGAGUAAUGAAAUACCGAUUAAAACAAUGAUAGAAGAUCCAUUAUCUUCAAGUAAUGAAUUUUUAUAUCAACCUUCACCUAAACCAAAUGGUAGUUCCUGCUAUAGAUGUAAAAAAGAAUUUUCAUUUUUAAAGAAAAAGAAUCUUUGUAAAUCUUGUAACAUAUAUUUUUGUUCAGAUUGUUAUAGUUCGAAAACAAAAACUUGUUUAUUUUGUAAAAAAUAA